AUGGACAAGUUUGAUGAAGUCGCAACGAACAGUCAUCAUGGAGAGGAAAAUGUGGAGUCAAAUGUUACGAAACAAGAGGAAUCAGAAGAUACCGAUUCCCCUGCUGAGGUUGUAAAUUCCCAAGGGAAAAGAGAUGAGGAAGAUAGGAGUAACGAAGACAAUGAAGACGAUGGCGAGGAUAAUUAUGCAUCAGAGAUGGUUCAUACAGCGAUAACAGAAAAAGACAAUCCAUUUAUUGAGCAAAAUACAACUGAAGAAGACAAACAAAUGGAACAGUCUUCGAGUCAAAAUCAUGUUUCCACCAAAAAACCUGGCAAGCAGCAAUUGGUUAAUCCGAACGAAGUGUAUCAGGACGAUAUGGACGAUAUAUUACCACUUGAUGAUCGUAGGCAUUCAUCCGCAGCUCAGAACAGUAGUUGCGACGAUAGCAUAAGUUCCAUGAAGCAUUCACCACCAAACGGGUCUCGAGAGGUCGAUGGAGAUAACACACAGAUGCGUAAUAAAGUCCAAAUUUUAGAAACGAACAAGUUAUCAGAAGGACAAGGUCGCACGUAUGUGGCUUACACGAUCAAAUACGGAGAAGCUAUUGUUAAAAGACGGUACAGCGAUUUUGAAAGCCUGAGAAACAUUUUAAUUAGAUUGUUCCCUAUGACGCUUAUUCCACCCAUACCCGAAAAACAAACGAUUAAGACGUACGGUAAAGCUAUCGCAGGCUCUAAAUCGACCUAUUUGCUGCCAUCUGAAAGCGCUGGAUCUGUCGAUCUUUCACUUUCUGUAAUCAAUGGACCUGUCAAUAACAGUGAUGAGAGGCUCAUACGGCACAGGAUACGUAUGUUGACAGGAUUUUUAAACAAACUUUUACAGAUUGAUGAAAUUACCAAGACUUCAAUCAUUGCAGAUUUUUUGGAUUCGAACAAUACCAAUUGGUGUGAUUUUAUCACCAGCUCUGCAACUUUCUCAUCUUUACCGAAAAGCGUCUUACAAUGCAAUCCAUUAGAUCCGACAAAUACUACGAAGGUUCAUUCUUCGUUACCAAUUCCCUAUUCUUCGCCGCAGCUACUGAAUAAAGAUGGCUCAACAGAUAGCAGAGACGGAUUUACCACGAUAGAACAUGAUUACAAAAGAUACGAAUUCAUUUUAAACAACGGGUUGUACAAAUACAAUAGAAGGAUCACCAAGAACAUGCACGAUCUGAAAUAUUCUACAAAAGAGUUAAGCGAUGCAUUUGGAGAAUUUGCCAGUAACCAAAGCCGCGGUGCGGAUUUGGCCGAGCAACUCUCCCAUACAAGCGAUGCCUUUGAAGAAACUUCCGCAGAAUUAGAAACCAUAGUUGGAAGACUUUAUUAUAACAUAAACGAGCCACUUAGCGAAUGCGUUCACAUGGCAGGCUCUGCAAGAGAUCUAAUCAAAUACCGUAAGCUGAAGAGUAUCCAAUUAGACAUGGUCAAGAAAUCCUUGGUUACGAAGAAAAGUCAUUUGGAAAAAUUACAAGAACAGGAGAAGGAAUUAAAGAAGGUAGAUGAUGAGAUCUCACAGGAGAUGGUUAAAGGCCAAAGAAUUAAUUUGGAGCAUCCUCAACCGAGAUCUUACAGCGGCAGGCUUUUUAACAAGUUCAGUAAGUUGGCCAACAUUGUUAAAGAAUCUGUAAACUAUCAAGAUCCCGAUGUUCACACAACGAUCGCCACAUUAAAGGCAGAUAUCGCUCAAUUAGAGGAGUCCUUGAAGGUUUGCGAAGGUGAUUUGGAAGUCAUUACAAGUGUGAUAAGAGACCAACAAUUAAAGCAAUUCUCCGAGGAAAGAGAAAGAGAGCUGGCAGAAAUCCUUAAAAAUUAUUCGAAAUACUACAGAGAGUUUGCUGAAAAACAAUUAAAACUAUGGCAAGAUGUUAAAACCAAUCAAGCAUGA